UUAAGAGGACUCACAAUGAGUAAGCCAUUAGCUCUGCUUUUCCUUGAAUUAAGCUGUUUGUUUUUGCAGUUGUGAACUGGUGUUUUGGUGCACCAUUCUUCACAAGAUAAGCCUCAAGGGCUCUGUGGACUAAUUUUAAGCUGAAGUCAAAGGCGUACAGCUGAAAAAUGUAACCCAUGCCAAUGGAAAUGGAAUGGACAACCAGGGUUUUGAAAUUGAGGAGGAUAACAUUACCGAAGGUAACAGCUUCACAGCGACUAAAAAGACUAAAAAGGUUUUGGGAUCAUACCUAAGCCAAUUUUCAAAGCCGAUCAACGCCACAGAGGAUUACAUCAAGUCUCACUCAGCAACCUUUAAAUACACUGCGCUGGGAAUACUUGGAGCAGGUUAUGUGGCGUACUUCAUCGCAGCCUGUGUACUAAAUUUCCAGAGGGCCAUUGCUCUUGUCGUCCUGACCGUUUUGGCUGUAGUUAUUGUAUCAUAUGAACUUUUGAAGGAGUACAAGGGGGAAAGGAUCAGUCAACUUUUCAAACCUGCAGCCAGAUGCUUCAAAUCAAACCUGAAAUGGAUAAAAUGGAUUUUCAUUUUAGCAGUUGUGGCCCUGCUAGUGGUGUGGCUCGUCAUAGACACAAGCAAGCGCCCUGAGCAGCUGAUAUCAUUUGGAGGCGUGUGCAUAUUCAUCUUGCUUGUGUUCAUCUUUUCAGCGCACAGGACAGCGGUGUCAUGGAGGACUGUGUUUUGGGGUCUCGGGAUGCAGUUCUGCAUUGGCCUUUUCAUUAUAAGAACAGAACCUGGACUCAUUGCUUUCCAAUGGCUUGGAGAGCAAGUGAAGAUAUUCCUCGGAUAUACCAAAGCAGGGUCAUCGUUUGUCUUUGGGGAUCUGAUCGCAGACAUUUUUGCCUUUCAAGCUUUGCCCAUUGUUGUGUUCUUCAGCAGUGCAAUGUCGAUCCUCUACUUUCUGGGGGUAAUGCAGUGGCUCAUGUUAAAGAUCUCAUGGGUCAUGCAGAUAACGAUGGGAACCUCUCCCACAGAGACCUUGAGUGUUGCGGGCAAUAUAUUUGUUGGGCAGACUGAAGCACCGCUGCUGAUCCGCCCCUAUUUGAAGGACAUGACCAAAUCUGAGAUCCAUGCUGUCAUGACUGGCGGAUUUGCCACAAUUGCAGGCAGUGUCAUGGGGACAUUCAUCUUAUUUGGGAUUGAUGCGACUUCCUUGUUAUCAGCCUCUGUGAUGGCUGCUCCUUGUGCCUUGGCCAUCUCCAAACUGUCUUAUCCAGAGACAGAGGAGAGUCCCUUCAAGGAAGAGAAGAACAUCAAGGUGGCUUGUGGAGAUGAGCAGAACAUCUUGGAGGCUGCUAGCAGUGGAGCAUCUGCUUCAAUAGGUCUUGUUGCUAACAUUGCAGCAAACUUGAUAGCCUUUCUCGCCAUCCUUGCAUUCAUUAAUGAAGCUUUGGGUUGGCUUGGCGGAAUGGUGGGAUAUCCUUCAAUCACCUUUCAGUUAAUUUGCUCUUAUGUGUUCAUGCCUGUGGCCUUCAUAAUGGGGGUACCGUAUGAAGACAGUUUCAUCGUGGCCGAACUAAUUGGCACAAAGCUCUUCAUCACCGAGUUCGUGGCUUAUGAGAAACUGUCUGAACUGAAAAACAACAGACUCAACGGACUUGCUGAAGUCAUUGGAGGUGAAAGACAGUGGAUAUCUGUGCGAUCAGAAAUAAUUACCACUUAUGCUCUUUGUGGGUUUGCCAACUUUAGCUCACUGGGUAUUGUGAUCGGUGGCCUUUCCUCGAUAUGCCCGUCAAGAAAAGGGGAUAUCUCGUCUCUAGUGUUCCGAGCUAUGAUCACCGGGACUUGUGUAUCUCUCGUCAAUGCUUGCAUUGCAGGGAUCCUCUUUGUUCCUCCCCUGGACUGUGUGGGGCUGUUCCAAGCGUCUGCUUUCAAUGUCACAAAUGGAAACAUUCAAACUUGUUGUCAAGACCUCUUCACAAGCACUGUAAACAAUGGGACCAUCUCAUUUGAAGGCUCUUGGAGCGCAGUAGCAAAUGUCACCAUGUUUUUCUCGAAAUGUUGUCAGUGUUGCGGUGUUUCUAAUGGGGCACUUUGUCAGUAGAGCAGAGAAAUACACACCAGUGUCUGUUUUUGUAAUGGAGCUCAUUGACUCGUCUCUCCAUGUUUGUAUAUUUGUGUCCCAGUUCACGUAAAAAUGUAAGGGCUGUAUGCAUAUCUGUCAUGUAUUAUACUGAAAAUCAAUUCAGACAUAGGCUUUUAUUUAAAACCAAGGAUUAAAAGGAAACACCUUUAGAAAUGUACCUCAGUUUGAUGAAUGUAAAUAUUUCAAAAGUUGUUUGAGAGACUUAAUUAUUCAAUGAUACUAUUGGAAAUUCUCUCUAUAUAUAGGUAUACUUUUUGAAAAAAAAAAGUCAUGUUUAUGAGAAAAAUGUGAAUCAUGCUUGGACACAAAUGUUUUACACAUUUAUUAAAAAAACAAAACAAAACCAUCAGCCGACAUGGUUCCAUACCAAAGACAGCACACGUUCAUUCAUUAUCUCACUCGCUCAUUCACACUCUCCCUCACACAUUUAACAUUUUUCUUUACACUACUCCAGAUAUUUAGUUCUUUGACUUUAUGUACACAUAAUCACAGUACGACAAUUUGUUUAUAUGACACCACACCUUAACUUCACUGUGUUUUUCUUCAUUCUCAGCUGGUUAACACACAUUGACUUAUCUUGCUUUUUCAAAUAUUCGACUCGAAUUCAAAUAGUUCUCCAAUAAUUCUUUUGCUUUCAUUAAAAAUGUUUCAGUUAAGGAGCAGCUCUGGACUCAUUUAAAGAAUAUAGUUGAUCAUUAACUAAUCUAUCAACCAACUAACUAUUAUCGCUUUCCUGUCAAAGGGAGAGGGUAAUGGUUGGUUUUUCAUUAUUACCAUGGAUAUUUGUGGGACAACGUGAUAUAGAUUUAAUUCCUGUUCUAUAGUCCAUGCUGGUUUUGCAACUUUUAAAAAUAAAUGCUAAAAACUGG